GAGGGAGGGGGUAAGAUGGCGGCGCCCGUCCUGCUGCGAGUGUCGGUGCCGCGCUGGGAGCGGGUGGCCCGCUCCGCCGUGUGCGCGGCCGGUAUCCUGCUCUCCCUGUACGCCUGCCACCUGGAGCGGGAGAAGGGCCGCGACAUCCGUUACCAGGCCCUGUGCGACCUCAGCGAGCGGGUCCGCUGCUCCGCCGCCAUCACCUCCAGAUGGGGUCGAGGAUUCGGUCUGUUGGGUUCCAUCUUUGGAAAGGACAGUGCAAUAAAUCAGUCAAACAGUGUUUUUGGACUCGUGUUUUAUAUACUACAAAUGCUACUUGGUAUGACAGCAAGUGCAGUAGCAGCUCUAAUCCUCAUGACAUCCUCCAUAGUGUCUGUAGUAGGGUCAUUGUACUUGGCAUACAUUCUGUACUUCGUGCUGAAGGAAUUUUGCAUUGUCUGCGUCAUCACAUAUUUGCUGAACUUCAUUCUCUUUAUCAUCAACUACAAACGACUAGUUUAUUUGAACGAGGCCUGGAAACGGCAACUCCAACCCAAACAGGACUAAGGCCUGUUUGAACUCUUGACUGACAGUCUGAAGACCCAACUUCCAUUAAGUUUAUUUUGCAGUAAUUUUUUAUUCUCCAUAUCAGACACUUUCCCAGAGAAUCAUAACAGAAUUUUUAAGUAUCAAUUUGAAGGGGCCCUAGAUAAUUGUUUUUCCUUUGUGCUAAUCUUCAAUGUGGUUAUGAAAGAAAGCUCUAAUACAAUCAAAGACAAGCUUUAACUUUACUUUGAAGGAGUUUUAGCCACAGCAAAACCUAGACUCUCUUCCCCCCUCCACUUGUGAAGUGGGUAACACUUGCUAUAAAAUAUCCUGUAUAUAAAUUCAGGUAUAACAAGAUGUGAUCAUGACAUUAAAUAUUCUAGACUAGGAUUUACCAUAUUUAAUGUUGCCAUGUUUACAGUAUGUGUAUUACUUUUCCUUUUUUUAGCUGAUGGACUUAGAUUUGACUAGGACUUAUACUGUAAAUAAAACUAGAGAUACUGGUUUCAUCCCUGGAGAACUCACUGUACAAUCAGUUUUGCUAGCCUAGGAGCUGUCAGAGUGUUCAGCUAAUACUCGACUGACACGAUGGAAGAAGUGACCUCUGUAGAACACCGAGUUGCUGCACUCGCUGCUAGUGCUGCCGUGAGAAUGAUGGUUGGGUUUUGUUCCAUUCCUUUUUGUCCUUGUCUUCAGUAACAAGAAAUGGAAUUAAAGCUGAAACCUGAAGUACGUUUGUUAAACCACAACGUCAUUAAUUUCUGUACAGAAUGAAAUAGCUUAAUGUGGUCAAUAGAAAGCUGCCACUGGGAUAUUAUGUGCAGAUUGGGGGUUGGUGUCCCAGCAUUCUUUGGAAGGACUUGAUUUCCAUGCAGAGCUGUUUCAUUUUUAACCUAUGGUCAGCCAGCCAGUGUUACUAAUGUUUGAUGUUAUAUGAAUGCUGCAGUAUAGAAUUGCAAUUUGCAGUGGAAACCACUGACUGAAUAAGAUAACCAAGAAGCAGUUCCUUAAUUGAUCUUCGUCGGGAUCUUUGGUUUGUGCUAUAUUGGGAAAUGAACUUUAGGCCUGACAUACAUAAGAUCCCUUGGAAGGGCACGCUGUGUAGUGAGAUAAGUAAGUCAAUGUGCUCCUGAAAAUGAAAUGUGAUCUAGUGCUAUCAUUGCUCUUUCUAAUAACUAACUGGGAAUAAAACAAAAUUAAACUGCAGAUUUAAACCAAGGAACAAAUAGUAAAUGUUGUUUCUGCACUCAGUAUUCUAAGGCUGAAUGUUAAAAGUGCCUUCUGUCUUCAAAUCCUAAACCAAAUACUUUGUGUUGAACUUGGCAGGCAGAAGUGUCCUUGCUUGGAAAAUGAACAAACCAACCAAUUCCCAGGCAAACUUGCUGGGGAUAGAAGAGUAUUAAGAGAUCUGUUUUAGUUUUUAGACUGAGAAGUGGUAGCAAUAUUGUUUCAGUUAACUUAAAUCAAUGUGAUUGAAGGUUGAUGCAAUUUGAGGAAGUAAAGUACUUGUGUUUCAGGCUCUGUGACACCAAAAUGUAUCAGUUCAGCUACUCUCUGUAAUUGGUGCUGUGCUGCUUUUUGCCCUUGUCAGCUUCUAAAUAUGAAGAACUCCAACUGCGUACCCAUUUAUUUAAAGAAUGAACUUAACUAAUUUUAGGAUGUUUUUGCUUAAACAUGAAUGUCAGAGAGACACUUACGUUGUAUGGCUAGGUGCAUUCUAAACACUAAAUUGUUGAGGAUAAACUUUGACUGUGAAACAUGCAGUGUUCCAUAGAGAGAAAAGUAGACUUUUUAGAUUGAAUUCACAAAGUACUAUUUAAAUUACUAAAGUAAUCUUCUGGUUUGUAUCAAGGGUGUAGGUGGAAACUGCUUUUAUGUAUAGAGUUCUGUGGUAUGAGUAACAUCUGUUGCAUGUAACACUAAACUACUUGUCCCUCUUGUCUAACAGUUUUAGACAAUUCAUUAAAUGUGUUUUGUAUUGACCAGAGUAUAGUUAAAGCUUGUCUUGAUAUUUAGUUCUGUCUCUCAAAUGCCUUGAACUUCGAUAUGAGGGGAGUGAAUGAUGUUAAACUGGUCCUUCAAGGCUUUACUUCGUGCUCUUACAAGCCUUGAGGCUCUAUCACUGUUUAAUGUGUUGUAUAGAUUUAUUUUGAUGCAUUCCUGUGAUCUACUCUAAGGCAUCUUUUUCAUCCAAGGAAGAGGUGAACACGUGCUGCCUGCAGUGGGUAGUCGCAGUGCUGAUCCCUCAGAACAAGCAGCAAUGGAGACAAGUAUUAUCAGUGAUUACUUGGUCCUAUUUCUGGGUGUAGUGCACAUCGAAAACAAAGGAGAAAAGCCCCAUCAGCUGAAAGUAUAGGUGUUGACUAACUUCACUGUGUCUUGUGCUUGUCUGUGUGGGCAUAGUCUGUUAAUUCAGUUUGCUUGGUAAACUUGUUUAGGGCCAGAUUUUGUGCAGUCGUGUGUCUGCAGUCCUUGUCUGUGUGGCCAUAGGGAUCGAAUGGAAACGGUUUGGUCUCUGGAAGAAUUUGCAGCUACACUUUGUGCACGAACUUGCCAAUCUGAUCCUUAAUUGUGAACUCUCUUGUCUCGUGUGCUUUUCUUGCAGUUAUUUUUUUACUGGAAGUGAUUUGCUAGACGUGGCCCUAACCCUUCUACUUCCUCCCUUGUGCUUCAGAAAUGCAGUUGGCCUGAAUAAAGGGCAAAAUAAUGUUAGCAGUAGAAAUGUGGACCUUUCUGCUUCCAGUUCUUUGACUCUUUCCUUGUUGCUCCCAAUGAUAGGACCAGCAUAUUUCUUCCAGUAAAAUGGCUCAGGUUAUGAUUAGUUAAUGUGAUGGAAAUGAGAGGAGUGCUUCAUGCAGCUCCCCCCUGCCUGCCCCCAGCUACAGCUGUGGCAAAUAUUUGCUAUGUAGUUGAUACUAAUUUGACCCUUACAAAUCUGAAGGCAAAUUCUGAGGAAUCUUGAGGAUACUAUGGGGAAAAGCCAGUAACUAACACCUGGUCUGGCAGGAUGGGAGGGCAUUACACAGAUUCUGGUUAUGUUUCAACACUCAAAGAGAAUGGGGGGUGAGGGAGGGAAAUCAUAAUAUACAAACAGUGGUUCUGAAUUUGGGCUUCUCCUUCCCCUCACUGGCUCUUAGAAGUUCCAUGGUGGGGUGGAGGAUUGGAAAGGCAAAAAACCUCAUCCCCAAACCUGCUUAGGAAUUAAACAUUCCUGAAAUUCCCUUACUGUAAGGUACUUGCUAUUCUUAAGGCCAACGAAGCAUUCGAGUCUCGUUUCGGAAAUGAAUGUUCUUGGAAGUUUUCUUAAUGCCAAGUGUUUGCAAUGCUAAGGCCAAUGAAACAUUCCCUACCACCUUCGCUGUCUGAAGUGACAACAAAUCUCUUAGGUUUCUGCAUACCAUAGGAUGUGUUUGUCUCUGCUGUACAGAUCUCUCAAUGGUUCCAAAAGAUUGGUGAGAUGCUUCAGGCAGCACUUGAUGCUCCUAAUUUAUAUGGGCUAAAGUUAAAGAGAUCUAAUAGCUUUGGUUCUGCCAACAUCGUGUAAAUGUGAUCUAGACAAAACUGGUCCAGAAAAGAUGAAGUAUUCUGCUACCAUAAAACUGUAUUAAGCAUGGCCUAAAUAUUAGGUGUUUGUUCUGUAUAAGAUAUUCCAUCGACUAUUUAUUACUAGUGCUUUAAACUCCAAAUUAAACAUCCCUUGAAAUGGAGUCAUUGGGCAGAUGUUCCUUUUAUCAACAUAAGUUGAGAGAUUCUCUAUUGGAGGUUUAGGAUCCAAUUUUGCUAACAGGUAAACCAAUGUAAAUAUGUAUGAAUUCUAUUUGUUGCACAUAACUUUUUUUGGUAUAAAAAAGAAUAAAUGUAGAAAUUACCUGUGGAUGUCUUGCUGCAAUCAUUCUUAUGCUGCAUUCAUUCCAAACAUAAGAGCUUGAAUGAACCCAAUUGGAGGCCUUUUUGGACUCAGUCUGAGCCUUAGAAACUGUUUUUAAAGUCAGUACUGUAAUUCUGUUUGUAGACAUGUACUAAGCUGUGAUUGUUUUCAGACAUACUGUUAGCAGCAGAACAUGUAAAGCACUCGGGUGCCCAGCGAUACCAGUUCAGAGCAUUUCUGCAGCUUCAUCGUGUCUUGCUCAAUGUUGUGUGCACACGGGUGUGUAAAGGGUGAGCAGCAUUGACUUGAGGCUUUAAGUGUUUACAGUUCUUUAAGCAAUGUGCAAACCCCCCCUGUUCAGUGUGUUAUUGUUAUCCCUUCCUGCUUUCCUUGGUUCUGUAGGUCUGCUUUACCUCUGCCCCAGCAAGAUGACAGAGUAUCUGGAAACUGCUGUGUUCUGGACUUGGGGAGGGAGGAGCUGCUGGGAAGGGUUGGAUAGGUGGCUUGGGGUUCCGACUGCACUGAGCUCCUGAGAACAAGCAGGAGCUAAGACUGAAAUGUGUGCUUACUGUACGUGUGGGUAUUAAACUUUGCAUCUGUUGUGUUGGACUGAAAGUAGUAGAGUUCCUUCUGCAACCCGAGCCCUGUGUUUAACCACAGGGAUCUGAGCCCUAGUUUGUAAUGAGUUAACAGUGUUAGACCUUUAUCUGUGUUCUGAUGUGGCAGCUGUUGGUGUGUCAUGUCUGUUGAAAUGGGGAAGAAAAUGAUGUAAAGGAAAUUAGGUCUAGAGGGUGAGAAGUCACAAUGACUUUCAUGGUUGGCUGAAGUAUGGGUUUUGCUCUUACCCCAUGGUACAUUUGAGCAAGUUUCUUUACACUGUAGGUGGACUUUUAUAUCCUGGAGUUUUAGUUAUAUAGAAAAUGUGUAGACCUAACACAGCAGAGAGUGCUGAUAUUAUGCUGCUGCUUUUCCCUUGAAAGCAAAAUUGCUCUGGAUUCUGCAGUACACAUGUAUGUCCUUAUUCUGCAUGUAGCAGUGUGGACAGUGGUGCUGGUUUCUAACGUACUGCAUCUAAAGGAAAGAAUCUGGGAGAAGAGCCAGUUGCAGGAACAGUCGUAGCAACAGUUUCACAAGUAUCUGUGCUUCAGAAUAACACAACUAUAUACUUGUACCAGCUUCCACAAGGCAGCAGGCAGCCUCCAGUCUGGCAUUGUGCUGUGGGUGACACUGCUCUUGGGACAACCCUGGGUGUUGCAAUAAGAAGUUUGCAGAAUGUUCUGAGCUUUUCUGAGUAUUGGCAUCAUCUAUUGCAGUCUGAAGCCUGGUCUUUCGGGUCCUCUAAGCCUGCUGGGCAGCUUGAAAGAGAUGUUUCUACACUACGUUACUGUCUAAUGUAGCAUGUGCACAUUAAUUUACACAUUGCCCUACCCCACAAGGCUUCAGGCUAGUAUCAAAAAGGUUUAGAACAAACCCUCUAGACUACUAUUACUGUAACACAUAGUGACAAUUUAACAUGAAGGACCUCCUUCCAAGCCGGAAGUUAAAACACAUCUACUAAUGGCUGUUCUGGUACUGUGAGUAAAAGAAAUAGUUUUAAGCAAAGUUCAGUUGCUGUAGUACCUAUCUAACAUAUUCCACCUUGCUGCUGUAGUGUGAAUUCCGUACUGUAUUGGAGUAUGUUGGGUAUCCUCACAGUAGCACUUUGUACAAGUCUUGAAUGCAGUGAACUCUCAGAAUUUCUCAGCCAGAUGCAUAUGUUCUGUCCCACAAGAGAAGCUAUGUAUAUAUAUGUAUAUGUUGUGCUCUUUGGUAAUCCUGCAGACAGCCUGCUGUGAUCUGAGUAGUGUAACUGUUAGGGGAGUAUAACUGGAGACCCUCAUUUCCGUUGGAGGGAUGUGAUGUUCAUUUACAGUAACUUGGAUUUGUUGAAGUCUUCACUACUGACUUUUAUCAUAUAAUACACGUAAUGCUUUUUUUUGCCAUAACCAGAUACCUCAGUCAGGUUCUCUAACUUCAGCUCCUUGAAACUCCGAAUAAUCAUUUUACUACCUGGGAAGAGGAAGCCUACAGACAUGGUUAAGCAUAGGAAACUAGUGUUUCUGGUCUGCUUUGUAGCAUAGUAACUACUUCAGGCAGACUAGAAAUUGUGUUAGACUUGCAAGACUUGAGUCAGGCAUAAAUAUUAAACAGAAGUUUAAUGAACAAGUUCAGCAUAGUACUCAGCCACUAUACCUUUUGGUGUCAUUCUAGAAAGAGGGCAUGUGAUUUUAUUACAGGAGGAAGACAGCUUGAUUCAUUUGCAAUCUUCCAGUAUCUUUCUUUAAGAACAAAUGCAGCUGAUUUGGGCUGUCGUUGGCGGGUAAAUAUUCCUUUUUUGUUCCCCAAAACACGUGUGGUCCCUGUAGAGAAGUUUUAAAAUGAAGCAAGUAUACAUCAAGUACUCUUUUAUCCCCUACUGUGAACUGUUACAGUGUAUGUACUAAAUCAGGUUAAAUGGAAGAGAUGUAUGCACUUUCUUCCGCACAGUCAGGGACAGUGGGGAACCUGGCAGAUGUAACUUGUGUUAUCUUGGCAAGAGUAGUGGUGUAACUGAGCAAUGCAGCUGCAGUUUAUUGUAGUUACAACUGGUAAGUCAAUGACAGUUAAUUCAGGUGUGCCCAUUGACUUGAUCAGUAUUGUAUUUACAGCAGAUAUUCCUUCUGCCAUUGGUUCCACCUUCCAUUUGACAGUGAAAAUGUUGCGUGCUGUUUAACUGUGCUGUCUUUAGUAGUGUUUGUGUUCUUUUUGCCUCUUUUUUCAUGGGAAACUGGAAAAUACAACUGCAACAUGUAGAAAGCCUGGAACUGCCUAUGUGUAUGUGAACUUGUCUGUGUUUUCUCCAUCCUAUUUGAAACAGCACUUUUCUAAUUGCUGCUCUGUGCUGAUUGAGCUUUCUAAUACCUACAUUGGUGCUCUACAGGUUGUUAUGAAUGGUGUUUCUCUGCCUGAAAUUAACACUGACUGUUCACCACCCUAACUCACUGCAGGUGGCAUAUGCAUAACUAGUUCCUUCUUACUAGGUCUUCUGAGCUGUAAUUGUUUAAUUUCUCUGUGUCUGCACUGUAAUGCCCCAUACUUUGUGAAUGCACAUUAAUAGUGGGACAGAGAGUCAUGAUAGACAGUGGUCUACCAGAAUGGCAUCUGGUCUUCUAGUGCUUAAACCUCUACCAAGUUAAUAAUACAUUAUUUAAGGUGCUCUGUUACCAAGGGCAGUUGUUGAUGAGAUAUGAAGCAAGUGAGACAUGUCCCUAACAGCUGACUAAAGUUCUGAAUUGAGGAUAGGAGGAAAUAGCAGUAAUCUGGGUCUGCUCACAAGCUUCCUUUGCAUUCUGCUCAAGCAUGUUGUCUUGUGUUUUGGGGAGCAUCUCUGCAGAGGGGAUACCCAGGAGCUUGAGAUGUGGAGGGAGGAUGCAUUAAGUACAGGCAGGACCUUCCCUCUUGGCUUUGUCACAGAAACCAGCUCAAGAAGCAGAAGGCCCUUUUGUCCUACCCUACAGCACAAUAUUCUUUGUGUGUCAUAAACCACUUUAAGCUUGCAUGGAGGCUGGAGAGUUGGUUAGAAUAUAAAUGUAAGCUUACCUUGAUUGGUCAUGAAGUCUGCAAAGUUCCAGAUGAGCUCCCCAAUCACAUACUCUUUCCUCUUCUUGUCAAAAACUGAAUGGUACUCCCUUAGCAUCGCUUUCUGAUACUCCUCACUGAACAUCAGAGGUGGAUCCUACAGCCAGGGAAAAGAGGUGGCCUUGAAUGAAGUGAGAGUUAAUCUCAGUAUAUUUACUGCCUGUUUGCUUGGGACCUGCUUCCUCAAGACAACCUUAACAACUGCUUGGUAUUUCCAUUGCGGCUGCAUUAACUGUGACAGUUAGCAACUUCUGAAAUAGCAAGGGGAAGCACAGUAUGUAAUAUAUAUAUAUUAUAUAUAAUGCCAGGGAUGCCUGGGGGGAAGUCGUGGUUUUGCUCGGUGCUUUGUGAUAGGUGUAUGAGUGCCACCGUUCCCUGUGGGACAGCCUCAUGAAGUGAAUGCCCACUCUCCAGUGUCUGUUUUCCAACUAAGCAUUGUCUGUGAAUGCUGAAGUGCAGAUUUUGGUGCUCAGUGCUUUUAGUCAAAGUUAAAACCUUCUCUCUAAGUAGAACCUAAUCUUUGUUAGUAGCACAGCUCAUUGAUUUCAGUGGAGCAGGAUUACAAUCCUGGAGUCUUUCAAACACUUGUAAACUCUCAAAGCUAAGUCAGGCUCAGUGGUACCCACCUCUUCUAAUUAAACUUUGCUACCCCUGUAAGAAGAGCAGUGCUUUUUUCCAUCUCAAGCAUCUAUAGCACUUACACUGUGAAGUCCAGGGACGGAGUCUGCUCCAUAUUCACUCUGGAUAAUGGGUUUUUGGUAGGUUUUAUACCAGUUCUCAAACUGGGCUGUGAGUUGUAGUGGAAUAACCUCCAGAUGGCCUGGGUCAUGAUACCAGGAGAAGUAGCUAUUUACACAAAUUACAUCCACAUAAGGAGCCUAUAAGAAAGCAAAGGGUGAGAGUAUUUUAUCACAGAGCUCAAAGUAGGCAACCUUCACUUGCAAAGCUAAAUCCUCCUUUUGGUUCAUUUAGUGGAAUCCAGUUUUAUUACAUGUAGAAUAAAGUCUUCCCCCCCAUCACUCAGGCCUUCCCAACAUAAAACUUCUCCCUGGAAAAAAGCAGUUAUUAAAUUAAAUAAUAACAUACUAAUUUGGCUUUUUUCUUACAGACUUAGGAAGUCACAGCAAAAAGUUAGACAAGAUCAGCCCAUUUCAUCCUCAGGUUUGUUAGAAGUUUUUGAGUUUCCAUGAUGUCUCUGGCUUGCUGGUACAUUUAGAUGUACUUCUUGAGUAUUGGGAUGUGAUUAUCAAGUUAGUGGUCAAAUAUUUUGACUAGCAACUAAAUUUGUGCAUCAAUGGUGCAAUACUAGGACUAAGCAUUCUGCAAGUUAUAUGCCAUUUCUACCACAUGGACAGUACAAUACAAAGGGCAUGAAGCCCACUAAAGAUAAAGUGAUGUUGUAUGUAACUUGUUCAAUGUUCUCUUAACAUGUUUUGUAAUAAAAGCAAAAAAGUUCUAAUAUCA